CUCUCUGUUGUUCCGCCUCCCCCUCCCCACUACCCACUCUUCAUCAUCAUCAUCAUUCCCCUCUGCUCCACCCAUCCUUCCCCCUCUUCACCAUCUUUGCCCCUCAUCUUCCCUUCUUAUACCUCUCUCCUCUCUCUCUCUCUCGCCAUUUUUCCCUCCUACGUCAGCAAAGCCCUAAAACCAUAUCUUCCUACCUUGUCCCCUUGCACAUCCUUGAUCGUUGACCUGACAGAACACCCUUGCACACAAUGUCGUCAAAGCAGCCCAACCAGCUUAUGCGCGAGUACAAGCUCGUUGUCGUCGGUGGAGGAGGUGUUGGAAAGUCAGCAUUGACCAUCCAGUUUAUUCAGUCACACUUUGUGGAUGAAUACGAUCCAACGAUUGAAGAUUCCUACCGCAAGCAAUGCGUGAUUGAUGAAGAGGUGGCCCUUCUUGAUGUGCUCGAUACUGCUGGCCAGGAGGAGUACAGUGCGAUGCGUGAGCAGUACAUGCGCACGGGUGAGGGCUUCUUGCUGGUGUACUCGAUCACAUCGCGCAAUUCCUUUGAGGAGAUCUCGACAUUUUACCAGCAGAUCCUGCGCGUCAAGGACAAGGAUUUCUUCCCCAUCAUCCUCGUCGCUAACAAGUGUGAUCUAGAGCACGAGCGUCAGGUGUCAACCCAUGAGGGUCGUGAGUUGGCUAAGCAGUUUAACUCUCGCCUGAUCGAGACGUCAGCCAAGCAAAGGAUCAAUGUGGACGAGUCGUUCUACAACCUUGUGCGUGAGAUCCGUCGCUUCAACAAGGAGGCGCACAGCCAACCGUCGAACGGAGGCUAUGGAUAUUCGCAGCAGGGACAGGGCUACGGCAACCAGAUGGACGCCAAGGAUGAGAAGGGAUGCUGCUGCCUUAUUAUGUAGCGGCGUUUCCAUGCAUCCGUCGUGUUCUGUACUAUCAGCAUCUCAAAUGGAGACAAAAAGAGAAAGAAAAAAAAGACGAGAAAGA